AUGGAUGCUCAAAAGCCAAGGAAAUGCAGUUUAACAUCCUUCCCGGUUUUGAAAACAAGAAAGAAACAGGAUGUCAACCCUGUGAAGGUUGAGUGUAAGCCUUUGGUUCAAGUCCAGAAGCCACCUCCCAAGAUCAAGAACCUCAGAAUGACUCGACUCUUGCCUAAGAAUACAAACACCAGCAUUACUUCACUCCCUUUUGUGGAUACCAAGGGGAAGAAGAACAUGGUUAACCUCGCACACAUCAGCAACAAAAUCUUGCUAAAGCCACCCUUGCUGUAUCAGGAGAAUCAGACUCACAAUCAGAUGUCAGCUUCUGAGCUCAAGACUUCAGAAAUGCCUUUCCAUUCAAGCAUUAAAACCCAAGAUCCCAAGCCAGAGGAGAAACCACCAAGAAAGCACAAGGUGCCUCUGACAGCAGCAGAGGCCCUAAAGUUUUUUAAGAACCAGCUGUCUUCUUAUGAACAAAGUGAGAUCCUGGGCUACACGGAGCUGUGGUUCCUGGGGCUGGAAGCAAAGAAGCUCCACGUGACUCCUGAGUUCAGCAAAACGAGUUUUGAUGAUGAACAUGGCUCCUAUAUGAAGGUCCUGCAUGACCACAUUGCCUACCGCUAUGAGGUUUUGGAGAUGAUCGGGAAAGGGUCCUUUGGACAGGUGGCCAAGUGCUUGGAUCACAAAAAUAAUGAGUUGGUGGCCUUGAAAAUCAUCAGGAACAAGAAGAGAUUUCACCACCAGGCACUGGUGGAGCUGAAGAUCCUGGAGGCUCUCAGAAGGAAGGACAAAGACAACACCUACAAUGUGGUGCACAUGAAAGACUUUUUCUAUUUUCGCAAUCAUCUCUGCAUCACCUUUGAACUCUUGGGAAUCAACUUGUAUGAGCUGAUGAAGAAUAAUAGCUUUCAAGGCUUCAGUCUGUCAAUAGUUCGGCGCUUCACCCUCUCUGUUUUGAAGUGUUUGCAAAUGCUUUAUGUAGAGAAAAUCAUUCACUGUGAUCUCAAGCCUGAGAAUAUAGUGUUAUACCAAAAGGGCCAAGUCUCUGUUAAGGUCAUUGACUUUGGAUCAAGUUGUUAUGAACACCAGAAAGUAUAUACCUAUAUCCAAAGCCGGUUCUACAGAUCCCCAGAAGUGAUUCUAGGCCAUCCCUACAACAUGGCCAUUGAUAUGUGGAGCCUGGGCUGCAUCAUGGCUGAGUUGUACACGGGCUACCCUCUGUUUCCUGGGGAGAAUGAAGUAGAGCAGCUAGCCUGCAUCAUGGAGGUGCUGGGCCUGCCGCCAACCCACUUCAUUCAGACAGCCUCCAGGAGACAGACAUUUUUUGAUUCCAAAGGUUUUCCUAAAAAUAUGACCAACAACAGGGGGAGAAAAAGAUACCCAGAUUCCAAGGAUCUCACGAUGGUGCUGAAAACCUACGAUGCCAGCUUCCUGGACUUUCUCAGAAGAUGUUUGGUAUGGGAACCUUCUCUUCGCAUGACCCCUGACCAGGCCCUCAAGCAUGCUUGGAUUCAUGAGCCACGGAAUUUCAAACCACGGUCCAGGCCCCAGACCCUGAGGAAACCCAGUCUCUGUUUCCCCUCUGAGGCUCGGAAGGAAAAGGUUCAAGGGCAUCAUCCCUUGGGCAAAAAAGAGGUGACCAUCAAAGAAGAGACCAUAGACAAAAUAAAAGGUGGCACUGCUAAGCAGGUUCAGAAUUCAGGUGAUCAGCAGGGCAUUCUCCAGCACACAUCUGAAGUUGUCCAGUUGCCUCAGCUAACAGAAGCUUCCAGAAAGCCAGAGGCAUUUGUUGGACCAGAGGAGUCCAAAACCUCCCCAGGGCAUCAAAGUAAAAACUCCUCAUCCAAAAACAUGAAUAUUUUACCACCUAUUUUAUGA